GAAGGCUUGGGGAUGGCGAGGCGGGGCUUUCCUUUCCCGGGGAGUGAAGCCAAUAAAAGGUCUGAACAGAAGCAGCCUGAUCUCCUGCUCCGGAGCUCGAGGGUUCUCUCCCCACCUCCAGCCCGGGUCGCCCGUGGGUGCCCUCGCCUGCAGCCAGUCUGCAUGGAGUCCCCGCUUCCUCCUUAGAGGGCAGCAGCGGAGCGGCGCGGGGACGCAUGCGCCCCGAUUUGCGCCCGGGGAAUUAAAAGAGAGCGAGCGAGAGAGCCAGCGAGGGAAGCCCCAACAAAACACACGCCCCAAACAAAACCCAAGUGCGGCAGAGCGCGCGGCGCUGAGACCCCGGGCCGCACCGGCGCGUCCCCGGCCUCCCCGCGACCCCGGCCUCGCCGCGGCGGGAUGCGCUCGGACCGGCCCGCGCAGCCCCGGCCGCCGCUGUCCCCGCACCCGCACGCCGGGCCGGCCACCGCGCCCCGCCCGCCCUCGCUCGCCGCCGCGGCUCUCCCCGAGGCUCCCGGCGGGGCAGCUCGCUCUCCAUGGGGCUGAGGGCCUGGCUGCGGACCGUGUGCUGCUGCUGCUGCUGCUGCCCGGCCAAGUGCCUGGACGAGCCCGCGGAGCCCGAGAAGGAGCCGCUGGUCAGUAACAACCCAUAUUCCUCAUUUGGCGCAACUCUGGCGAGGGAUGAUGAAAAGAAUUUGUGGAGCAUGCCCCACGAUGUGUCCCACACGGAGGCAGAUGAUGACAGGAUCUUGUACAAUUUAAUCGUCGUUCGGAAUCAGCAGGCCAAAGACUCAGAGGAGUGGCAAAAACUCAACUAUGAUAUCUACACCUUGCGACAGAUUCGAAGGGAAGUGAGAAAUAGAUGGAAACAUAUUUUAGAAGAUUUGGGCUUUCAGAAGGAAGCAGACUCUUUGUUGUCAGUGACAAAACUCAGCACCAUUAGUGAUUCUAAAAACACAAGGGAAGCUCGAGAGAUAUUGCUAAGACUGGCCGAAGAGACUAAUAUCUUUCCAACAAGUUGGGAACUCUCAGAGAGAUAUCUCUUUGUGAUGGACCGGCUCAUUGCUCUUGAUGCAGCAGAAGAGUUCUUUAAAACUGCCAGUCGGACUUACCCCAAGAAACCUGGGGUCCCAUGCUUGGCAGCUGGCCAGAAAGAGCUGCACGCUUUUCCAUUUCCAAGUCCCUAGGGGAAAGACUAAGGAGGCAGAAACGGAAUCUUCCACUGGAAAACUCAGCAGCCAACACAAAUCGGACAAAUAUAUAUGGAAGAUUGUGAACAAGUUGAGGACAUGGGAAGUGCAAAAUGAUUCCAAAUCCUCCCCAAACCGAAGAGUUUGGACAUCUGGUCUUCAUGAGGAGAGCUAUAUGGUUCCUCCUUGAAAUGUUCUGAUUGCAUUGAAGCACUCUGGUGAUCUUCAGUCAGUCAGUGGGGUCAUCCGUUCAUGUGAUUAGAGUCCAAGAACCUAUUGCUGCCCUUUUCAAUAAUCUCUAACCCUUUUGGGUGGAUGGGAUAUUCUUUUGAAUAGAGCAAUGAGGUUAAUAGAGAAAGCUGUACUAGAACUCAAAUGUGCAUUACCAAUUUGUAAACAAAUUGACUAAUGCCAGACAUUAUGUGGCCUUUUUUUUUUUUUUUUUUUAAUUUGGAAGAGCCUUCAGAACCUUGGGAAACUCAAGGACAUCAUUUUGAAGAUGGCUUCCGGUUAUUCAGUAGGACAGAUGUAGCAGACAGUGGGAGUGUCUAGGAGUGUUACUUAGAAAUAAAUUCCAGGUCGAAGGAGCCCAAGCAGAAUUUCUGCAGCUACAUUCCGUUGUAGUAAAUUCUUAGUAUUUCUGAUAUUUUGUUACCUCAUUUUGUUUUUGCACAUUGUCUACUGCGAUUCUGCAAGCCCUUGAUGCUUCAUCCAGGUUAGAAUCUCCACUGCUUUCUCUUCUCUUUAAUAUGUUUCUGGCUUUUCAGCUGGGAAUUGCACCUGCAACAUAACAUGUCCAGUAGACUUGCAGCUCCACAGCCAGUGUUGCCUUGGUCAAGGUCAUUGCUGAACUUUAUUCUCUCUGAGGAUGUUUUUUAAAACAGAGCAGUGCCGCCCACAGAGCCAGUUUCUAUCCACAGCUUCGGAAGUCCAGACUCAAAAGUUACUUGCCACUUAGACAAGGAGUAUGAUGAGAAGUAGUGAUUUAUUUUUCUGAAAAGACUUUUAAGAAAUUUUUGGAUUUAUUAGUUCCAGUAGGAUAUUGCUGACAACGAUGGCAAUAAUUUUGUCUUUUACAGAUUUGGCUCUUGUGACUUCAGGUUGGCUUCAAAAGCAAUUUGUACUUAAUCUGUUCAGGACACUUGGAAAUUUCCAUAUCCUGACUAGCACUUUCGGAUAAUGUUAAAAAUAUCAGUUAAAGGAGUUACAUGUUCUCUGUUUAUUAAUACAUUGCAGACCAAUUUAGCUGAUAGGUUUCGGGGAAAUCUUUCCUAGUUUAUUAAGUAAGCUAAAGGUUUUAUUUUUUAUAUUAGUGCUAAUCCCCAUCUCAUGUGGUUUAAAAUUAGCUUGCAGAUAUUUCCCCCUCACUUCUGUAAGCUCUUGAAGGAUAAAUAUCAGCAGAAAACAAACAAUAGUGACAGCAAUAAAAUAAAAAUCUCUUGUAAACCUUA